AUGGACCUACUCUCGACCGUCCGCAAAACGGGUUCUCGCGGCGGUGUCAACUUCAGCUGGGAUGAUGUUGCGACAUCUCAGUACCGCGAGAACUACUUGGGCCACAGUCUAAAAGCGCCCGUGGGGCGCUGGGCUAAAGGGCGCGACUUGAAUUGGUACGCCAAGGCAGAGCCAACCGCGGCGGAUUUAAACGAGACAGAGGAAGAGAAACAAGCCCGUGAGCGCCGAGAGGAGAUCCGCAAGAUCAAAGAAGCCGAGGAAGAAGCCAUAGCUCGGGCACUGGGCCUGCCCAUUAAACCCCGCGACGCGUCAGGAGCCAAUGCUAUGCCAGUGGAAGGGUCAAAGGUGCCGAACCGCGACACCGAAGACGACAGGAACUCGAAAGAGACUAGGGGGUCAGAAUCACGAAGAGGCCGACACAAGGAAUCGGAUCGGCACAAAGACCAAGAUCGCAGGCACAGGAGGAGGCAAAGGAGCAGAGACCGCGACACAGAUAGGUAUCGGCAUCGGGAUCGCAGUCGGAGUCGGAGUAGGCAGCGGAGGCGGGGCGACCGAGAUGAUGAUGGGAAUGACAUAGACCAGAGAAGGAGGAGCCGCAGCCCUGUCCAUGGCUGCAGUCGACGAGGAGGGGAGCGAGAGGAUGAUCGAGAACGCAGCCGCAGCCGCAAAUACGGACACGAGCGGAGGGCCAACGAGAGUCGCAGCCGGAGCCGGAACACAGAUUCACGGCCUGAGAACCAUGAUAGGCGGCGAAACAGGAGCAGGAAUAGGUAUUAUGAGCGGGACAUAUAG